AGGCUUGCAUGUGGAGUGUGUUUCUACAGCCUGUCCAAAAUGAAUGCUCCUGUCAUGGCAAGUUUCAAAUUCAUUGAUAUUGGGAUAAAUUUGACAGAUCCCAUGUUUCGGGGAAUCUACAGAGGAAACAAGAAACAUGAAGAUGACUUUGACCAAAUUAUCGAAAGAGCAUCCAGUGUUGGGGUGAAAAAGUUCAUGAUUACAGGAGGAAACUUUGAGGACAGCCAGGAGGCCCUCAAGAUGGCAGAGUCCAGAGAUGAAUUUUACAGCACUGUAGGUUGUCAUCCAACACGCUGUAGUGAGUUUGAGCAGAGCGGCCCAGAUCAGUACUUUGGAUCACUGAGGGAACUAGCAGUGUCAAACAAAAGCAAAGUGGUGGCUAUCGGAGAAUGUGGUCUUGAUUUUGAUAGGCUGGAAUUCUGCCCAAAAGAAACACAACUUAUAUACUUUGAGAAGCAGUUUGAUUUGGCUGAAGAAACCAAACUGCCCAUGUUCCUCCACUGUAGAAACUCACAUAACGAAUUUAUUGAAAUCAUGAAGCGAAACAGGGACAGAUGUGUUGGAGGUGUGGUGCAUUCUUUUGAUGGAACCAAGGAGGAUGCAGCGGCCCUCAUCGACUUAGAUUUAUACAUUGGUAUUAAUGGCUGUUCUCUGAAAACAGAAGCAAAUGUGGAAGCUAUGAAGUCCAUCCCCUCUGAAAGGCUGAUGAUCGAAACAGAUGCUCCGUGGUGUGGUGUGAAAAACACGCAUGCGGGUGCAAAGCACAUCAAAACUACUUUUCCCACCAAGAAGAAAUGGGAAGCUGGGCAUUGCCUUAAGGACCGUAAUGAGCCAUGCCAUAUAAUACAAGUUCUAGAGAUCAUGGCUGCAGCAAGGAAUGAGGACCCUUUGGAGCUGGCUAAUACUGUUUACAACAACACAAUGAAAGUCUUCUUUACAGGGAGCUAAUGACGUUCACAAUGUCUUACAGUGAAUUAAUUCACAAAGUUAUCACAUUGAUUUCCAGUCUAUUUGUUUUCAGUAAGAAAAUGCUUCUGAAGCACAAAAAUCUAAAUAAAUAUGGUGCAAUAUGGA